CCGUAACGUAUCACAUAUUUCACAUUGGCCCCAUACUUUGGCAUUCCUUCACGCUGGAGCGGAAGUCAAGUGCCUGAGGCUUUGUGCAGUCCUGCGUUCAAAACAAAUAACUCGCCAGAAUCAGGUGUCAUUUGGAUAAGUGUUGCUUCGAUGACAAGGCAAGUCUGGGGUCUGCCAGCUCUAUCUUUGGAAAUACGCAGAAUAAUCUGCCAAACCUUUCGCUAAGAAAAAGUUCACUCCAUUCAGCCGUGGAUCUUUUAUUUUGAAGGCUCUCCAAAGAGAAACUCCCGGCCGUCACCCGGUCCUACUUGACGGUGUCGUACAAGAGCCAAACUUCCGUGUCAGCUUGUCGGGAGGCACCCCGUGUCGGAGCGACGUAUAUAGUGUCCCGUCCCGCUCCCUCCCCUUCUGCUAUCGGGAACAGUUGGGCACCGGCGGCGGAAGAAACCCCCCCCCCCAAAACUUCCUCGGCAACUCGGCCGCGUCGAUGUCUGUGACAAGCGGCGGUAUUUUUAGCUGUGGCCGUCAUCGCGCUGUGACUGGCUGGCUGCGGGCGGGCUCGCUAUAAAGCGCGCGCGCCCUUCGACAUGCAGCUUUACAACAGCGCCUUGACGCACUACCCGAGAUCAUCCAGCAGACUAACCGUCACUUUAUCCCGCCGAAGCGCCAGCGCAUCUGACGAAGACGCCCCGGAUCCGAGCCAGCCAGAGGCGAGCGCAACUUCCGCAAACAUGCCUGCCUUUUCUUGCUACGAAGCCUCGUCCCCGAGGCCCAGGCCCGUCUACUUUUCAUCUACUGCCGAGUUGCUCGUACGCAGAGCGGACGGGGUGGGGAGGACGGUGCCGGUCCAAAUCACCAGGGUGCUCAAGCCUCCGUCCCCUGACGACUUUAGCGAGGAUCUCAGGAACCGGGCGGAAGGUCUCUACCCGGAAGAGAGUCUUCUGUGUGAGGAGGAUGGGGCAAGGGGUAACAUCUUGGUACCUGAAGAGGAGCCUCCGUCAGAUGCGACCUUUGAGCUGAGCGUCCUACAGGAGCACAACCAGGUGGCAAAGGAUGACAAGGUGGCCCGCUACCUGGCCGAGGUGGAAACUCAGAAUAAGUAUCUCCGGGAGAGACGCAAGUUCCGCUACCACAUCAUCCCGGACGGGAACUGUCUGUACCGGGCCGUGUGCAAAGCCACCUACGGCGAGCAGGCUGGGCACGGCGAGCUGCGGGAGCGCACGGUGCACCACAUCGCCGACCGCCUGGACCAGUUCAACCCCGUCAUCGAGGGCGACGCCGGCGAGUUCCUCAUCAACGCGGCUCAGGACGGCGCCUGGGCCGGCUACCCCGAGCUUCUGGCCAUGAGCCAAAUGCUCAACGUCAACAUCCACCUGACCACGGGGGGCAGCGCCGAAAGCCCCACCGUGUCCACCAUGGUGCACUUCCUAGGCGAGGAGGACCCGUCCAAGCCGGCCGUCUGGCUGAGCUGGUUGAGCAACGGACACUACGACGUGCUCGUGGACGCCCGCGUGGAGAACCCCGAGUACGAGGACUGGUGUCGACGGUCCCGGAUGCAGAGGAGGCGGGACGAGGAGCUGGCCAAGUCCAUGGCGGCGUCCUUGUCAAAAAUGUACAUUGAGAAAAAAGGAGCGGUGUAAACACAAGGACUUUUUUGCUUUGUGCCUUAAGUGAUGGAUGGAUGGAUGGAUGGAUGGAUGGAUGGAUGGAUGGAUGGAUGGAUGGAUAGGGUUAGGUGGAUAGUUUUUAUAAAAUGUUUAACCAAGUGCUGUGCACAUACUUGACUCUUUCUAGUGGUUGCUAGUGUGGCUGUGUUCUCAAUCACUCCUUCGCUGCUGCAACUAGCACUAAAAAUGCUCAUUGUUGUUUUUCAAAGUAGAAGCAAAUGUCUUAUUUUGGAGAGGAGAAAAAAAAAGUCUGCUUUUCGAUAGAAAGUUGAGAAUGGAAGAAAAAAAAUCUUUUCACUGUGGCCUUAUUGCUGCACUUUUCCAUGUAAUGCUUGGGACCUAAAACGCAGAUGACAACCAAGCAAGUGCGCCUUUUUGUGGCAAAGUGCUUUUUUGUAUUCAGGUUUGUUGCAAUACAUUCAAUGUGUAUAUAUA